AUGAUCAUCAUCAAUGUGAUCCCCGUCAUCUCCACUCAUCCGUACGGAUCACAGAAUCGGUCCACCUCCAGUUGGUUUGUACCCCUCGACGAAGACUUUGGCGUUGUAAAAUGAUUCGUGAAUAGUCAGAAAACUAUAAAGCGACAAUAAGCUUUAUGCCACGGUUGUGAAGCACGAGCAUGCUGAUCUCUUCUCUCCGCCAAGUCAGGGCCACAAAGUGCCAGAAGCGUCGGAUUGCCAACAGGCGACCGUAUCCGCUCUCAAGGGCGUCACUAUGCGGGGUUCUUGCAGCGUUGACGUCCGCGCUGCCAUGCUGAAAAGGCCAGACUCCAAUCCAAGGCUAACGCAAGGACACAUGCUGCAUGGGCGCGACCACGUUGAAGACUGCAAGGGUUGGCGCGUGCCUGAUUGCUGUCAUCACGCCCACGUCACGCAUAGCGAGUGA